AUGGAAGAUGUGAUGGACAUGGACAUGAGCCCUCUGCGGCCCCAGAGCUGUCCUUCCAGGUGCAAACUCAAAGCUAACCAAGAUUAUCACUUGGAGGUGGAUAAUGGUGAAAACGAGCACCAAUUAUCUUUACAAACAGUCAGUUUAGGGACUGGUGCAAAGGAUGAACUGCACAUUGUUGUAGCAGAGGCCACAAAUUGGGAAGGCAGUCCAAUUAAAGUAACACUGGUAACUUUGAAUAUGCCUGUACAGCAAACGGUUUCCCUUGGUGACUUUGAAAUAACACCACCUGUGGUCUUGUUGAAGUGUGGUUUGGGGCCUGUGCGUAGUAGUGGACAGCACUUAGCAGCUGUGGAGGAAGAUACAGAGUCAGAAGAUGAAGAGGAGGAGGACAUGAAACUCCUAAGCAUGUCUGGGAAGCGUUUUGCCCCUGAAAGUAGUAGCCAGCUUCCAAAGAAAAAAGUAAAACUUGCUGCUGCAGAGGAUGGUGAAGACAACAACGAUGAAGAAGAUUAUGAUGAUUUUGAGGAUGAGGAAGCUGAUGAAAAAGCUCCAGUAAAAAAAGGUCAAGAAUCCUUCAAAAAUCAGGAAAAAACUCCAAAGACACCAAAAGGGCCUAAUUCUGUAGAAGACAUUAAAGCAACAAUGCAAGCAAGUGUAGAAAAAGGUGGUUCGCUUCCCAAAGUGGAAGGUGAGUUCAUUAAUUAUGUGAAGAAUUGCUUCCAGAUGAGUGACCAAGAGGCCAUUCCAGAUCACUGGCCGUGGAGGAAGUCUCUUUAA